AUGAUUGCAGAACAUAUUCCCCAACCCUCGUUACUCCAAGGCGCAAUACUAGUCCUUGUUGUUUCCGUUAUUGCCCGAAUCACGUACCUCGAGAUCAAGCAUAGUGCGCUACGCAGCAUUCCAGGCCCGUGGAUUGCUAGAUAUACAAAUGCAUGGCGUUGUUAUUUAGCAUGGGUGUACAGUGAGCGCCCAGGAGGCAUUACAUAUCACGAAGUCAUUCACCAAAAGUACGGGGAUGUAGUCCGCGUGGGACCCAAAACUGUCUUUAUCAAUGAUCCUGCUGGCAUUCCCGUAGUCCUAGGCUUCAAAGAUCGACUUGAGAAAACGGAUUCUGUCAAUGCUUUUAUGCAACCCGGAAAGCCAACAUCCAUUGUGGGUAUCCGGAGCGAACAAAAACAUGCCUCAUACCGUCGUCCGAUUCAGGGCGCUUACUCAUUGUCCAGCCUGAAGCUUUACGAGCCAGCAAUCAAUGACAUGAUCAAAAAGUUGACAAGCAUAUUUGAUGAGAAAAGUCAGAGCAAGUCAGUAAUCAAUGUUACUGAAUGGUGCCACUUUUUUGCGUACGACACAAUAAUGAAUAUUACCUUCGGAUCCCCGCUAGGCUUCCUUGAUAACGCCAAGGAUAUGUAUGACUUAAUUGCGAAUCAAGUGAAACAUGUUGCAUAUGUUCGAGUGCUUACCCAAUGGCCAGCACUGGACUGGCUUAUACGCACGAAUCCCAUUGUGGUGGCAUUCAAAAAGCACAAAGAAUCGCCCUUCUUUCGUUUUGCAGUUCAGCGUAUCCGACACGAGCUUGAAAAACCCACACCAGACGAUAUUCCCAAACGAACACUCUUGCAACAUUUUGUGGAUGCAAAGUCUAGGUAUCCGGACAUAGUUGACGACACACAGAUCCGUCUGUACUGCGCUACCAACUCCCUGGCUGGUUCCCUCAGCCCAUCUCGUGUGCUGGACUGUGUUUUGUCUUGGUUGGCGCAGCAUCCACAAGAACAGGAUCGACUUUAUCUUGAAGUUAUCAAGAAUGCAAAAGAGUUUCCGGUUUCACUGGAAGACACUGCUAAUAUGCCAUACCUUGAAGGGGUUAUCCGCGAGGGCUACCGAUUGCAUCAUGGCGGUGAUAUUGCUAUUGAACGCAAAGUUGGACCAAAUGGUGCCACUCUCCCAGAUGGUCGAGUUAUUCCAUCAGGAUACGACAUCGCCAUGAGCAGCCCAUCCAUCCGUGUUUGCUCGGCAUUCGGGGGGGAACCUCAUGUAUUCAGACCGGAACGAUGGAUGAGGUCGGAAGGAGAAAGUGAAGAUGAGUAUAAGGCUCGUCGGAUGUAUAUGGAUAAGGCAGAUUUAACAUUCAGUCAAGGAUCUAGAGCAUGUAUCGGGAAGAGCUUUACUCAUUUGGAAUUAUUCAAAGUUGUAGCCUCGGUAAUGGGUCAGUUCAAGCUUGAACUAUCAGGUACGCCAAAGCGAUUUGUAGUACCUGUUCAAUUGGUCCGCCGGCCACUUUCAGCAAACACCAAGGUGUUGAACGAUAUCUAUCCCGGUGACCGAACUGCAGCCGCAGCAUCACGACUUCGGGCGCAGCAUAACGUGUCAAAGGCAGCACUUGGUGGUCUUGUAUUUGCGCCCAUUAAUUUCAAGCAACGCAACCUCCAAGUACUCGAUUGCGGAACCGCUGACGGCUAUUGGCUAUAUGACUUAUCAAAUCAACUUGAUCCAUCGGCUUCUCUCAUUGGUACUGACAUUGGCUCCUUUCCAUCGGACUCUUUUCCAAAGCCCAGCAACAUGACACUAUCCAUCCAUUCGUAUAAAGAUCCUUGGCCAGUCUCUUGGCAGAAUUCAUUUGAUCUCGUACAUAUGCGUUUUUGCGUUGCUGGCCUGGCAGAUCCGGACGAGGCACGUAUCGCUAUUGACCGUCUGAUUGGCCUUGUUAAGCCGGGUGGAUGGAUUCAAUUAGUCGACAGUACCCUAUCUUCAGGCAAAAUUCUAGACACUGACAAACCUAGUACAAUUUUAUUCAAAUCUAUGGCCCACAUGCUUCAGAGCAAAGGUCAAGAUACAAAUGCCGGGCUGAGAAUCAGGCCGCUGCUGGAGAAUUCUGGCAGGCUGUCGCAUAUCGGCAGUAAAGAAGUUAUUGCAAAACUUGGCCAAGGUGCUGAAUCCGAUGAACUUCGUAAAGACGGAGUAUAUAACCUGAUGAAGAUGGUCGAUACACUGAAACCAAAAUUGGAAGGUCUGGACAGCUGGCCAAUAACAUCAUCGAAGCUGGAAGAGUUACGAACUCAAAUCCUAGAGGAGGCAAAUAGCGUGGGUGCCGACAAGCCAUAUUAUGCCGCUUGGGGUAAGAGGAUAUCCUGA